AUGGGCAACCUCAAGUGUGUGAUCCAGAGUCUAUUCUCUGAACCAGAGACGGCUACUGUAAGUAAGAUUAACAGGUGAAUUUGGAGAUAAACUUGGCUCGGAGGAAGGGUUAUUGGGUUCUCACUAACUCUGCAGUAAUUUGUUGUGAAAUAGAGCACCAAGCUGAGACAAUAAGUUUGGUUAUGAGUUGACAGUUAAACAAUCUAUACCUGUUUGAUAGUAAUUGGGUAGAAAAAAGUUUGCACACCGGGACAUUUUCCUUUUGCUCACAUGCAAAUACUAAUAUUACAAAAAAAGGAAAAAUGUCACCUGCCAAUAAACAAAACAAAAAUCCACCAAAGAGAGGCACAUGUCACGCAAAUAGCAGAAAAGAGCCCAGCUGGAAACCAACAUGGAGGCCCUGGGUGUUGCCUGGACCUGCUCUGGGGCAAAAACAACAAAAGACACCUGCAGCACACAAACAAAAACACAGUCCUCAGGGUGGAGCCAGGACCUCUGUGCCGGGAGGAGGUCCAAGUGAAAUGAGCCACAAGAUUGCAAACAACAUGUAACUGGGUGGCAUCCUGGAGGUGGUUCUGAGUCAGAAGAACAGAGAGGUUCUGGUGCUUUGCAGCAAGAUGUGCAUUAGGGCUGGGCAAUAUGGCCUCAAAUCAAUAUCACAAUAUAUUGAGCAGUUCACCUCAAUAACGAUAAAUGGAUGAUAACUACUCCACAAGCUGCUCACCCCCUCCCACAUUAACUUUGUCUACUCCAGCCGCUCCAACUUUUGAACCGUCCUUCAUCUCCUUACCUGUCUUUCCCUCUUUGUUAUGGACUGGAUGGGGUGGAGCCAUGUCUUAGAGGGAUAUAAGAAAAUAGCCUACCUACACACAUCUAAAACCAACUUUUAUUAUUAUUAUUAUUAUUAUUUGACACAGAAUACACUGAUAUGGGCAAAAUGACGUUGGUUUUUGUUUGUUUCAGUUUCAGUAUCGGUAAAUUUUCGGUUUAUCGCCCAGCCCUCAUGUGCAUUUCCUAGUAUUGGAGAAAGAUACUGCAACCUAGAGAGUAAACCAACCCACCCGCAGAUCUGGUUUAGACUGGGCUGAGUCUUGAAUUGAAAGCUCCAGGUCUGGAGGCAGAGCAGAGCAGUUCUUCACCCUACUAAGCUUGGAGAGAUGACGGAGGUGAGAAAUGGGUUAGCUGUAAAGAUGGGUAAUUAACAGAAAGUCAGAAAAAUGGAGGAGGUUUGAGAGAUUUGAAACCUGAUGCAUCAUUUCUUAUUUAACAAUGAAUAUCAGACACUUUUAACUGAAAGACACAAAAGUAUAUUUCAGUCUUUAUUUUCCUUGCUCUGGCCUUGCUCCACAUACAAGCCAGCCGGAUUCUUUGCUCCAUUUUCGAUGCAGCGCAGCAAAAGACAUGAAUGAUGCAUCAGCCCCUUCCUGCCUGACUAGAAUACAUGUUUAUAUCAUUGCAGUUUUGUUUGGAUGUGAGUUUAUGAGUAUGAUAAAGUGUGUUAGUGAAGGCGUAGUAACACACAUCCCAGAGAGUCUGUAGUAAUCUGUGGUGAAACAUGAACAGCAUGAUGUUACAGCGAAUCCCUUACUACAGAGACAGUGUAUCCUCCUUCACUUUAACUCGUCUUCUCUCGUAUUGUCAGAGGGGUUUAAACUUAAAAUAAACAACAUGGCUGAAAAACGCGCAGUGCAAUCUUAAUUUUGAAUAAAUCAGCGAGGGUGGUUCUUGCUGCAGAAAAUUCCCUUUGUAUUUUUAAUCAACACUUUUUAUUUCUUUCCUUUUAUUUGCAUUUGCAUCUUUUUGCGGCUUUGCUUCGUGAUGUAAUCGUGGCUAUCUCCGUGUCUGUGGCUUAUGGACAAAUUCCACCAGAACUAACGACAUUCUUAACGGGCCCGGAUUAAUUUUCUGUAGCUAAUGAGCUUGUGUUACAAUGCCAACAUACUUCAGUGAGGUGGUGAAGGAAGUUAAUGAACCUGAUUAGGUCUUAUGUCUUACUUUCUCCAAGCUCUGUAGUUUCUUUGCAGCAUGCAGUCUUAAAAUAACGUCAAACUUGGGCCACAUUUCUAGACAUGUAGAAUCAGGACACAAUAACAAUCACUCUGGUUCAUUUCCUGCAACGUUAUUUCGUAAAAGUGAGGGACCGGAGGAUGUUUACCAAAAGUGAUUCUAUUGUGCCGAACAAUAAUAGUCUAGACGCCAUUACAGAAAGGAUACGAACAAAGAGAGACCUUAUUGUCAAAGAGGGAGAUUUUCUUUUAUAAGAAACAGACAAACAAACUAAUCAGUCCAAAAUAACUUCAUCUCCUGUGCUCUGCGUGAUACAAAUCAUCUUUUUUGUCAUUGGAGUCUGGUGUUUGUCAAGAGGACGAAGUAAAAGAUGUUGGUUUCUGGUCAUUUGGGUUCUGCAAUAAGUCAGAACAGGCUCAUGUCCAAUAAUACUGUAAUCAUUCUUAAACUGUGCCUCUGUUUUUUCUUUUUUUUUUACCUGUAGCUUCUGACUUUUUUCUUUACUUCUGUGUAAGAGGAGACCUUGGAAGAUGCUACACAGGUUUAUAGUCCAACCACGAGUGUUUCAAUCCGCAGUUUUCCUAUAACUGACGUCCUCAUGUUUCAGCUGGUAGAAAAUGUUUUUAUUCACACAUCACCGCUCCCUCCUGCCUUUACAUCAGCUCGCAUUUAGCUGCCUUGUCGCCUCUGUGGCUGCAUCCUGGGAUUUAGAUCUGUUUGAUGAGUCAUUGAGAGGAGGAUGCACUUUAGCUAAUUUGAGUCAUGCCUCCUGGCCGCAGGGCGCUGAGCAGUCAUGCUGUUCUCAUUGGUUAACCAUCAGCGUGGAGACAGUAAACGAGCGGAGCAACAUGCACUCGAGGCCUAACAGCGCUGCAGCCUUCAACCAAAUAAGCUCCUCUGAAGAAUAAUCUGAUUAUAUUGGUCUCCGUGGGGCAGAGCUAAUGCUGAUCAGAGGUGACUGCUCUUUCACACAUCGUAUGUAGCUGACAGUGCCGCUGGAGGAUCCUGCGUUUCCUGAAAAACAUCACAGGAUCCUCUUAGAAACUCUUUACAAUAUCCACGAUACUAAUCCUUAGAUCUUUAUGGAUAUUAAGUGUUAAUGAACUUUGAGGGUUUUUUACUACCCUUGUGUGCUGUAUAAUUGACAGUCAUUUACUGGUUUGGUGUCAUGUGAUUGGGUGACAGACUUUCAUGAUAAAUACUAGUAUGGUUUCAAAGUAAUUAUCGUUUCAGUUGGUCACAGUGAAUAAAACGUCCUCUGCACAAUAAAAACAGCGGAGUAAAAUUACUUCUUUUAUUACUCCGGCUUUCUUCCUCCUACUCUAUGACUAUUUGUAUGAGAAGUAGCAAUGUCAUAUAUUUUGUAAGAUUAAAACAAUUAACAUAUUCUGUCAUAGUCUCAGGAGUCUCAAUAUUACCCGCCUAGCCCUCCUUUCUAAUGGCUUUAGUUUACCCCUGUCAAUCAUGUCAGCUGUGCCCCUAAUUAAAUAAAACCAUUUACCUUAUUAUCUUUGAAACUACUCAGUGACAAACAAAGUCACCCCUGUAAAGUGUAGGCAGAUGGAGGAAUGACUUUUUCGGACCAAAACUGUUUUUUAAAUCAGGUCGUAAACAGAAGUCGAGUGGUGAAAAAAAAUCAGGGGGGAUUGUUUUGGAUUUGUUUUUGUAUUGUUUGGGACAGAUAUUUUGUUCUUAUGACAGUGCACAAAGUGGUAAAUCAACUGCGUACCCAUUUUAUUGUUGCUAAAGCACAAAGAUAAUUAUUAUAUUACAUUAUCCCUCGGAUCGAGCUGUCCAUGUCGCUUGGCCACGAUAUUGAAAUCGCAACAGCGUCACCAGCGCUGCUUUGCCACUUAAUGACAUCAUUAAAAAAAAAGGGGGGGGGGGAGUGUCUUUUUCACAUGUGCCUCCUCGCCCAGAGUAUUUUAUUCAAUAUGCACAAAGCUCCCUGUCACAGGGUUCUCGCUUACACAAUCACAGUGUAUAUAUAACGUAACGGUAACGGUGAUAUAUAUUUACAGCCGGCCGUCCAAGGUGCAGUGCAAAAAUAUUUACAAAAGUGCAAAAAAAAAAAGGUUGAAAAAAAAAAACACAAUAACCUUUCAUGCAACAAACUCCAGACUCAAAGAAAGACCCAGGCAGCCUUCUUUUAAACCCCCUUAGCCCCUCCCAGUGGGUGUUAUUAAUUAAAUAAGUUUGGGGAAAAUAGCUAAUUUAUUUACAUUUAAACCAUUUUUAACCCCCAGACCUUUUUCUGUAAGUUUUUACCAUUUUAACUAAGUUUCUACAAAAAUCAGUGGAGCAUUAAUUUUUAGGGAUAUAUAAUAAUUUUUUCUUGCAUCAUGUGUCCACUUUGACCCGCCAUACACACCUAUUAUAGACACAGAAAGCCUGCGCCCUGUUUUCUUAAUUGGAAACACAAGCGUGAAUGGACACCCGGCAAGUAAGUGGAGAAAUUAAUAUCUAUGUCUUCAGUGGACGCUGGAGGAACUGCAGUUUUGUGGCACAUGUGCAUCAGCUUCAUUGAAAUGUUUGUUUUUUUAUGGUCAUAAAAAGUACCAGUAUUAAUGUCGAUUUGUUUCACAAACUCCUCUUACUCAGUAUUUUAGUAAAGACUGGAUUUUUGGCUUUAGUUUUUUUUUUUUUUUUUAAAUAUUGUUUACUAGUUAACUCUUCUGGCAACAUUUGUCUCCCUUAAAUUCUCAGUCCAGUCGAAGGGGAGUCAACAGGAGGCUGGUUUAGUUCCGAGAGGGGUGGCCCAUAUCCAGCUGGUGUUUGGCUCAUGACGCGGGACCAGGUGGAGGACAAUCUUCUUACAGCGGCAGGGAGGAGGGGUAGAAAUAUUCAGCGACGGCUGUGAACGCAGCACUCCGCUGACAGCCCACCAGCACACAGCAGCAGCUGCACCACCACCACCGGCUCCGCGUUCUUCACUGGGAAUUCACGGCAGACCCGGAUACGUGCCGGUCCGCGUCCCGGUGCGGGUCUGCUUUCAAGCGGUCUCUCAGGAGGAGAAGGUUUUGAAGCAGCGGCAGGAGGAUCUCCAAGCAGUUUAUUCACUUUAAGAGGUAAGACGGAUUCGUGUUUGGUAAUCUGACGCUAACGUGAGCCGAGCGCUCGUGCACAGGUGUACCUCAGUAAUUAAAAGUUUUGGAAAAGCCCCCCCUGUUAUUAACAUUGUAUUUGAACAGAAACCCCCUGUCAGACGAUACGUUUUAGAUUGAAUUAGGGUGAGAAAUUCUUAAUUAUUUCGUAGGUUAGAUUAAUAAUAAGAUUUUCAUACACUUGAUGUAAUCUAAUCUGUGAAGAAUUUGUUUAAAAAUGUAAAACAGGUAAUCUCAAAUGAACAUAAAAAAGUAUCAGUCUCCAGAGCUCAACUUCACAUCCUUAAUCUGCUUACAUAGUCUGAUCGGGGAUUGAUAACAGAACACCCUCCUGUCUUAAGGACUGAACACACUAAAUACCUGCAACUUUUACUUAACCUAGAUUUUCCUGCUCCUGCUGUCUGCUCUGUUUACCUGUCAUUUAAACUCUGUCACCUGUUGAAGGGGACACAUAAGGACAGCUGAGAUUCUCCUCUCAGCUCUUUUUUUUGUGUUGUUCUGCUUUUAACUUCAUACAAGGUGAUUUAUUUGUUGGCACUGGUUCUCCAAAUAUUGACAUCUAUACUUCAACUUGUUUGUUUAGCUUUGGCACUUGACAGCUCUAGAGGCCUGCUACUCUGUGUCCCGUGAGCAUGUUUGCUCAUUUUGACCCUCCGUACUAGAUGCCGUCAAACGUUAAAAGAUCGGCCUGUUAAGAUCGGACACAUUGGCUUUAUUUCACUGUUAAGAGCAGAUGAACGUUUUUGUUUUCAUUUAUUUCAGCCUGUUCAAUUAGAUUUUCUAUGUGCGCCUGCAUCCAUGUGUAAAUGAUCUGAUGUGUUUUGCAUUUUUCAUUUCCCCUCUGGGACUCAUGAAAGAAAAAAAGCUUCUGCAACUCUUAACUGUGUUUACUUUUCAUUCCAUAUUUCCAUAGUUCCAAGUUGACUUUCCUGAAACAGUCAGAGAAAACAGGGGAGAAUCCAGGUUUAUGGAUGCCGCCUGUAGUGAUCUGUUCCUUUGCUUUAAUUUACAAGAAACUGAUUUGAUUAAGUCCAGCUUUGAUAGUUGGCUAGAUGUUCAUAAAUCUAAGAAUUAUCUGAACUCCACAGACUCAACCAUCCUGCAGUCAUCUGCUCCAACAAUAAAACACAUCAAGCAAAGUCCAAGAAAUCUUGGAGUAGCUGCGUGUUUUCAACUUUUCUUUCUUUGCAUAUAUACCCGGAUACAUUUUGGGUUUUGUCUUUCAUUGCCAUCGAUGAUGUGAACGAUUCGGCUCUUAAAACAAACCCUAAACCCACUCUCUUUGCAAACAUAAGCAUCUUGCUUUUGUUGUAAUAUCUUUGCAGCGACUGUUGCCAAGUAUCUGGCUCAGUUGUGUUUAUCUCUAAGUUACAAUUUACCAGAGUAAAAUGACAAUCUCACCUGCCGCUACCCUGUGGUUUUCUGUGUAUGCAGCUGUUUGGCAUCACAUGGCUGUGGAACUUUGAUUUAACUCUUGGACUUUUAGAUUGAACUCGUGUCUUCAAUAGUUUUACAGUCUGUGUUUUAGUUCUGAUCAUUAUUCAAUGGAAAGUUUUGUCAGAGUCACGACUGAUUAAUUUAAAACCUUCGAAGGGUAGAUUUUGGCCAGGAUUAUGCAGAAUAUGUCUUUUUCUUUCUGAUUAGUCUUUACUCACAUUGACCUUUCACCUUCAGCCAGUAGUAACUACCCUUCCUCAAUGCCCACAUCUGUUGUAAAAGAUAAGAAUGGCAAGAUGAGCAAAUCAGACCCCACCUAAAAAGAGUCAGAACAACAUGUUUUCCUUUUGUGCGUGUUUAAUUGUAUCACCACCAUUCUUGUCUCUCUGCCACUGGACUGAUGAUUGUCUGGUUCUGUUCUCUGCAGAACAUGAAGUCAGACUAGGCGGAUAAUUUACAGUACCUCACUGUUGUUUUUAAGAUAACAGGAAGCAGAAUUAGCUGUAAAAACUCCUGCCUUUAAAGACUGAAUAAAUCCAUGUGAGAGUCUUGCAAUUCCCCUUUACUGCCGAGACUGUGCUGCACGUUUGGUAAUGAGUAAGACUCUACAGGUCAAUUAUCAGGUUGGAUUAAUGACGGGCAUUGUGGUUUCACUGGAUUAAAGCACCAACACAAAGAUGAAAGCAUUCCACGCUGCAGUGUUGCCGUCUCUUAUGAAGAAAAGACUCCUGUUUCGGACGAAAAAUGAAUAAUGCUUUAUUGAAUAAAUGUGUUUCAAGAUUGACCCACAUUCUGCUGGUCCAGUCUUAAUCCUGAAUCCGCUCACAUUGGUCAAUCAGACCAGAAAAAAAAACGUCACCCGCUGGUCAUGAGAAAAGACCGGUCAACUUGAGAUAUUUAGGUCUUUCUGCAGCCGAGGAAUUCUUUCACAGCUCUCUGAUGCAUUAGGAUUUCUUGAGUUGUUCAAAACCUGUCAAGUGCGUCACGCGGCUGCUCCUGUCUUACCUUGGAGGAAAGUUUUCUCCAAGCUUGAAUGUUUAGGGCAAGUAAGGUUAUAGAAAAGAACAUAGUAAUGUUUGUGCAGGCUGAAAUGCUUCUUUUUUUAAUCUCUUUUGCUCUUUGAAUGUAGGACGGUUUACCUUUCUGCUCGUAAAUGGAGAUUUUCUCUGACAGGGUUUGUACUGGAUGGUCAAAGUGGGUGAAUUGGAGGCUUGAGAGUCUCCCAUCUGCUGCUGAAUAACCAGUAUGAAUUCAGUCAAUGAGCUAAGCAAACUGUAUUGAAAUGACUCGAUUUCUAAAAAAAACUUAAAAAUUGGUCAGUGCGUCGAGUGUUUUGUGGACAUUUGAUGAGCUUAUUGUUCAGUCUAAAAUCUGUUUUGGUUUUAAAUGUGAUUGUGAAUCAGUGAAACUUUAUAUAACCAGAAAAACCUCACUGAGAUUAGAAAUCUCACUUGCAAGAGUGUCCUGGCCAAGACGGGCACCAGUACAUUUACAGAGUUACGGACAUAAACAAUUACAGACAUAUACAGACAUAACAACCAGCUAAGUCGAAGUCACAGAGCAGAACAUUUUUAGUGAAAGCAUUUACAGCCUGUUUCAUCUUCCUCUUGGGCCUUUAAUCUACAUUUAAAAAGAUUUAGAGACCAGCUCUCCAAGACACAGUUUUCCAGUCUGCAGGAGCAGCAUAUCUGAAAUUUCUUUGACCUAUUUCAAAACAAACUUUGGGGACAGAUAAUAAGUAGAUUUUGUGUCUGAGUGGCAUAGCUUCCAGAACUUUUACCAUGAGUACAAUUACACAAGUAUGGUGGAAGCAGGCCAAGUAUAGCCUUGUUAAUUAGAAAGUAUGGUCGAUCCAGUGAUUGAUGAAUUGAUAAAAUGAUGGGAGGAUUUAUUGAUUAGGAAAAUUAGCCUAAAUUGAGUUACUGACAUAUGUUGUUGGGAUUGUAAUAAAACUAGACUCGAGGAGCACCAUGGCAGCUGAUCUGUGUGGUCCUUUAAAGCUGACCUAUUGUCAGCUUGUUUCUUGUUUCCUUAGCUCUUGUUUUAGUUUAAUUUCAGCCAUGUCCUCAUAUGUUUUGCUCUAUAAUAGGGCUGGGCGAUAUGGGAAAAAGUUUAUCACAAUAUAUUUUUUCAUAUCAGUCGAUAUCGAUAUAUAUCAUGAUAUAAAAAAUGAUAUUUCACAGUGCUUAUUAGUAGCAUGUCUUUUUCAAAACAAUAAGCUACUGCAUCUGUGAGGUCCUUGUGUCUCUUCGAUGUUUUGUCGUAAGGUGUUGCGUUAGAGAAAUCGGACUGAAUGGUCAGCUGUUUCGGCUACACAGGCGGGAUGGGCUCCUUGCUCUGCCCAGGAUUUGUAAAUUUUUGCAUUCUGCUGCUCUGCUGCGUGGCUCUGCUACAGGUGGUGAAAAAGAUUUGAGGUAUUCCCUUUUAUAUUGGUAUUGAGGGAAAUUAAUUUUCAAUAUCUAUUGUUAUAGUUUUAUCGGCUGGGCGAUAAUACGAAAAUUUACUGAUACAGAAAUUUACGACAAUAACCAACGUCAUUUUGCUAGUUCCAAUAUAUUUGGUGUCAAAUAAUUAAAUAAAUAAAAGUUGGUUUUGGAUGUGUGUAGGUAGGCUAUGGUCACCCUAUCCAGUCCAUGACAAAGAGGGAAAGACAGGUGAGGAGAUGGAGGACGGUUCAAAAGUUGAAGCGGCUGAAGUAGACAAAGUUAAUAUGGAAGGAGGGUGAGCAGCUUGUGGAGUAGUUAUCGUCCAUUUAUCGUUUCUCGAGGUGAACUGCUCAAUAGAUCAUGAUAUUGAUUUGAGGCCAUAUCGCCCAGCCCUAAUCUAAGCCUUUAAUGGGAAAGUACAGCAGCAGGAUUUAAAAUCGUGGUAAUUGAACAUGAAUAAAUAACAGCAUAAUGGGACUGCAGGAUAGCAUUUUACUCUGACUUGUUAAAAAAGAAAAUUGACCUUUUAAAAAAGAUGUUGUUGAGGUGUUAAAAGGUCUGUAAAUUGGUACUUGACCCUUCUAAAAACCUGUGUCGGUCUUUUCUAAGCGGAAUAUAGACAGCGUUAUAAAAGCUGAUCCUGGGUCUGUGUUUAAAAGUUGUUUAUGUCAUAUCUGAAUCCUGCUGUGUAUCAAAGUGUAAAGCCAAAAUUAAAUGGCUGAAAGAAUCUGCGGGGACUUUCUCCGUUCUCCUCCGUUUAACAUGAUUACUGUAGUUCCUGUCUGCAACGGGUUAGAAUGGAAAAUCCAAUAAACAUAUACAUUUACUUCUGUAAGGGCAAUCAUUUGUCAUAUGACCUUUUACCCCUGGGUGUACAUUAUCUGAGCCACCAAUCAACUUUCUCAGUACAGGGGGAGUGUUGUCUUUGUACAGGCAGAGAUAAUUUGAUUAACUCCACAUUAUUGAGAGGAGUCAAGCUCCUCUCUCUCUCUGUUGUUGGCUCUACAUUUAAGAGUAAAACUGGCCUUUAAAGAUUUCAGCACACUGUUUUCAACUUAAUGUGAGUUAUUUCACAUUUUAUGGACAUAUACUGUAGGUCCGAAAAGUGAGGUUGCAUCUGUGCAUGAAAGAUCUGGUUUUGUCACUGACAGGCUUUUAUUAUUAAAGAAAGUGUCUGACAGCAUCACAGAGAGAGACCUUUUUAUGACAGUAUCGAAGCCGAAGUUUUGGUCUCAAAAGAAGUCAAUACGUCCGCUUGAUAGUUGAGAAGGGAGUCCCACAAGGCUCGUCUCUGGGUCCUCUAAUUUUUAUCUUGAGUUUUGUCCUCUUUCAUGACUAGCUUGAGACUCUCUCCUCCUUCUCUUUCUCUACAAUAUCGACUGAAGGCUUUGUGUAUAUUUUUGUUUUCUAUCUGAGACAUUAAAGAAACACUUGUGCGAAGAUCCACACACACUCAGGUUACCUUUUCAUUCUUAAUAGUUUAAUUGCUGGCUGUUUUUGAGCAGUUAAAGAUGUUGAUUUACUGCCUACAAAAGUCCUCUAAGUGUGUCCUUGUCUUGAAUUGAUAAGAUAAGAAGAACUUAAUUGAUCUUCAAAUGGAAAUUGAAUUAUUAAAUGAUUAUUAAUAAAUGAGCACGUUUGAGGAUUACUCUGUCAUCUGAGUAUCUUAUGUUUUAAAACUUUGCUUGAGUUUGGCAUGGACAUCCAGCAGUCUAACAUUAUAUGUAUGUAUGUAUAUAAAGUAGGGCUGGGACGAUAUGCUUUUUUCCUGAUUCGAUUUUUUGGAUGCCGUUUCGAUUUAAAUUGCGAUUCUUGUCAAUUUUCUCGAUUUUUAGUCUGCAUUUUUAACACCAGUGAAACAGUUGAAUGAUUACGAUUGUCUACUGACUAUUCUAGGAACCAUAUUUCCCCAGAAAAUUCACAUCACAUGUAAGUCAGUUUUUUAAGAUUUAUUCUUAAAUUUGAAAAAAAGACGAUUUUUGAACAUAAAAAUUAAUGUAAAAAAUGUAAAAAAAAAAAUCGCGAUACUUCUGUAAAUCGAUAUUUUCUCCCACCCCUAAUAUCAAGGUAACAUUCACAAUCCCCUGAAGAUGAAUCUUCCACACGAUAAUGAUCCUGGCUUUCUUUGUAGCACCAGUGUGUGACAGAUUUAAUUUGACCAAUCUCUUACACGUCAUUUACGUGUUCAUGGGCCUGUGGGACCUCGCUGAGUUUCUAAAAAUGGUUUGUCUUGAGCAUCCUGUCCUGUUCGCACAGGCAACAUUUCCUGUAGAUCUCUUGAAACCUGAACAGGAAACUCAGGCUGUAUGGAGAGAUGGACACAGGAAAGCUGGAAAAGGACUAUAUAGAUAGCAUGUGAAGUGUCAAAGAUGGCUGAUUAACACCGCUUUGCUCUGCUCUCUCACAUAAUUCUUUACACGAUGGCGGUCUGCCUGUUAAUUAGUAACAACUCAUCCUGGACAUUAUAUAAUCCUACAGUCUUUCUGCUGAACUCAGAGCUCGGCUUGCUUCAGUGUGUGUGUGAUUGGAUUUACAGGCAAUGAUGCAUGUGACACUGUGUGGAUCGAAUGCCGCUGUCUGUUCAGAUCUGUGUUUCCUGUCUGAGUUGCCCGCGGCGCUCUGUGUGAUGGGUGGAUGCUCCGACCGGCUGCUGGAAUGGAGCUCCAGAGCAGCAAACAUCCUUCAGAUAAGACUUAUCGCCGCUUGAUCUGCACAUGACGGUUAGAGUGUGGUCACAAAGUCCAACAGUGUGCCUGAAAAAAACACACUGUUGCUUUUGUUGCUCGUGUUGCCAUAUUUCAGAGACAAAAAUACUGAGAGGAAGCAAAGGGGAAGGUGUUUCUUACUGUUUAUUUAGCCUCACUCAUUCACCUCAGACAGGACCGUACUGGUGUUUUUGGAAGAUUUACAUAAUAAAAGAAUCAAUGAAAUCAGUAUUUUAAACAAAGAUGAGACCAGUCUUAUCCACAGAGCUGGUAAUUCACAUGAAUGCGUUCAAGAACGGAUUCAUGUGCUUUAGUUUGUGAAUGGUUAAAGAUGGAGUCGGUCAGUCAGAGCUCUAAAAAUAUGGGAUAAAUGAAAAAAAAAAAUACACCUUAGAUAUCAUUUGAUAUUUAAAUAACUCUAUUUAAUAAUUUUAGUUUUGUAUAGAAAAUAUUAAUCACCAUAAUUACAGAUACUCCAAGGUGACUAUAUAUAUAUUUUUUUUUUUUUUUGAAAGAGGUCAUGUUGACUUUGACUAUCAAAAAAGUGAAAAGCUAAUCCAUCUAUUAGGGGUGGGAGAGAAAAUCCAUUCACAUAAGUAUGGCGAUUUUUUGUUUUACAAUUUUUAAAUCCAUUUUUAUGUUAAAAUUUUUUGUUUUUCCUUUCUAAUUGAAGAAUAAAUCUUAAAAACUGACUUACAUGUGAUGUGUAUUUUGGGGGGAAAUAUGGUUCCUGGAAUAGUCAAUAGGCAUCAUAAUCAUUCAACAGGUGUUAAAAAUGCAGACUAAAAAUCGAGAAAAUCGACAAUAUCGUAGAACCGCAAUUUAAAUCAAUCGGCAUCCAAAAAAUCGCAAAAGACUUGAAUCGGGAGAAAAGCAUAUCAUCCCAGCCCUACCAUCUACUAUGAAAGUCAUCACUUCAGUCAUGGAGAACUGAUGACUAAAUAAUGAAAACAUCAGUUUUUGACUCUCGUUAAGACAGUUAUAUGUUGUCCUCAGCCUGAUUGGGGUUAAUCGGUUAAUUUAUCUGAAUUUUAUCAACACCCGUCAACUCUUUCCUCCUCUUUUUAGUGAUUGCAUUUCUAUGAAUCCAGUUUUUCUCCAUCAGUACUUGAUAAGAGUUGUUAAAGGUCAGAGACUUGCCUGUGGGAACUCCAGCAUGAUGAAGCAACAACAACAGCAGCCCCUCUUUCUAAAUAUGCCUUAUCUCUUAAUUUAAAUACUGUUUUUAAUGUCUGCUCUCUGAGGAUAAAUUGCCUUCGGUGCCGGUCUCUGAAUUUUUCAACAGACAGAAGCAGUUGUAUUAAUUAGAAGAGUGGAGAUAUGUUUCCAGGAACAAACCUUCAUAGGAAUAUCGGGUUGGUUUUCAAUAAACCGUCAUGAAUGGUGGUUAAAUAAGGACAACUUUCUUAUCUCGGUUUGGGCUCUGAUUCCAGGCGCUGGGAAAAAAGCUUUAAUGUUUUUCUAUUUAAAAAGAACAUACACAUAAUGUCUCAGCGUUAUCUUUAUUUUGAAAAAUAAGUUAAUUACAGUUUACCAUGCCGAGUCUACCUCACUAUUCUAGGUUGGUCUGGUCCGUGUAAAACUUUGAGUGAAGUAGACUGUCAGUCAAAGACCAGAUAAAAGUUAGAGCAGACAUAAAAUGAAUCAGACUCCUCUUCCCUCAAUGCCUUUCAUGACUACGCCAGAGGAAAGUUCAUUUAACUCACCCCCAAUUAAUAACUCAUUUGAAUUAGCAUUUUAAUUAGACUGCAGCAAACCUGAUAAACAACAUUUAGGCUAAAAUUGAAAAGUUAAUUUGUUUAGAUAUUGUGUGGGGAUGUUGCAUCAUGAGUCUUACGCAAGUUGUUUAUCCAGUUUGGUUUUCUUACUAAACCGAUUUCUACUGAAUGAACAAAAAAAAAAUUGCUGAUGUAACUCCAAGGAUAACUGUAACAUGAGAGAAAAAUACAUGACCUUUAUAAAGAUUGGGAGCUUAAAUCUGUGUACUUUCAUUCAUCGGUCCAAAGUAAUGGCAAACAAAAUCAUGUUUUAAAUGUUCUAAGGCAUUUCAAUAACCUGGGCCCUUUUUUUUUUUGAUGCCUUGGAUUUAUAUGAGGGGAAAAAAAGAGUGGGGAAUUUCUGGAGCAGAUUACUUUACAUGAGGGGAAACAUGUAUAAUCAAAGUCCAUCUGCAGUUAAAAAAAACAAUGUUACUUCAUCAAAAACAAAAAAAAAAGGGAAAAGCUUGCUGUAAUAUCGUCCGACUCUGACUGAUUUGUCUUCAAGGUCCUGUGAUAUAAGCUCAUUAGGGUUUUUUUCUGGAAAUCAGUGAAGAAAACAAACGGUCUGAAGUUUGAAAAUAAAAAUACUCAGAGUCAUUUCCCCCUUCUAGGGCUGGGCAAUAUGACCUCAAAUCAAUAUCACGAUAUAUUGAGCAGCGAGACUAUAGCCUACCUACACACAUCCAAACUAACUUUUAUUUAUUCAUUUUUUGACAAUGAAUUUACCGAUAUGGGCAAAAUGACGCUGGUUAUUGUCAUAAAUUUCGGUAUCGGUAAAUUUUCGGUCCCAGCUCUACCCCCUCCUCUUUGCUUGUGUUAGUUGUGUGAUCUUACCAGCAGCUCCUCCCCUUUCCUCCGCGCUCAAUACCUUUGAAGUGCAAACAAGUGAAGCCACUUAAGAGGUCUGCCUUUGGGCUCCACUGAGAUUUCUUUGGAGAUGUGUCACUUGUGGUGUGAUUUCUUGAGAAACCGGUAGAAGAUUGGUUUCUUUUUUUCUGGUGACAUUUUCCUGGCCGACAAGCCACCGAAAAUUUCUCUAAGAGUGCGAAAAUAUGCGUCUUUGCUCUUGUCUUUUUUCUUAGUUGGAUCUGUGUGCACGGUUCUGCUCUAAAGUUCAAACGUUAAUGAGUUUGAAUUUUGCAGAAAAAAGGGAAACUUUUCUGCUCUAUCAAGUUUGUCUGUUUCCAUUUUUCUCAGCACACAUGAGAUGGCGACAUCCCACUGUUCCCUAUGGACUGCUGCAGCUCCAACUCUGGACCGUGUUGUGGAUCAAUAACUAAGUUAUCAUUGUAUUUACAACACCUGUGUGCACCUGUACCUUGACCUCAUGCUGUGCCUUUGCUUUUACUCUUUCUUUAACUGUCUCCCACUGUGGAGGUGUUGUUUAAUUCUCAGGAAAUAAUGAGGUAAUUCAGUGAAGGAGACACCUAUUAGUUACAAAUUCAUCUUGGGGUCAAUAUAGGGGGUCAUGAAGGAAAUCUUACAUAUGGGUUUGACCAGAGUAAAGGUGUAUGGACUUCCUGUUGGUGUUGGUGUGUUUGUGUGGUUUCACAUCAAUCCUCCUGGACACAGUCUUCUAGAUGAACCUGACAGCCUGUCGUUCAUUUGAAACCGGUUCAGAGGGUGCCAAUGCCGUUUGGAUGCAGAAGGGGGGAUUGAUCAGCUGCAGUUGUACAAGUAGGAAGCCUGUCGUCACGGCAACAGGUGAGACACGUGUUGCGAGUUGGCCGUGAGGAUCAGAUAGAGAGGAUAGAGAGGCAUUCAUGUAUCAGAUGAACCUUUUGGUGAACAUGUGAGCGGCUGCAGUAAUGAUGGCAUUUCUCUCCCUGUAAAGGAUGUUAUAUGUGCAUUUACUUGAAAUACUGAGGGGCGGCACAGUCAUAGGAGUUUAUUCUUAUUUCCAAAUUUUCCAUUAUUUUGGUCGAUUCUUUCAUGUUAAAUCUGUCAAAUUAAGAAAUGUUUCUUGCUAAAUUUAAGCCCAGCAUCUCAGGACUGAGCGUGUGAUUUGAUAUCCAAGGCAGCUGGACUUUGCAAAUAAGGUUCUAUUUUCAAAUCCACUGAUCAACACCUGCAUAAUCAGGAUCCACUAUAAAAUAAAGAGUCCAGUUAUCCGCCCACUGAUGAGUUUAGUUGCUUAAACCUCUUUAAUAGGGAUCUAAAAGUAGAAACUCAAAAAAGCAAUCGAAUUUCCAAAAUGGUUCAAUAGAAUUUAGGGGCUAUUUUAGGACAGACUUGGCGCCAUGUUUGAGUAACCAAGACAGGCCUGUGGAAACACCAACCCCCCUCCCUAAUCAUGUAAAGUCUUUAUAUCACAUCGCCCACUUUCUUCAUCACACCAGCUCCUGUCACAGUUCAUCUCGUCCCGCUCUGAUCCUGCACAGCAGCAGAAUUCUGGAUACUGUCUCCCAGGCCUCUUAAGAUUCAGAAAACAGAAAUUAGAUCAAGAUAUGACGCAUGAAGCUUCAUCAAAUCAAAAUUCUUGAAACUGAGACAAAAAUACCAUUCGUCAUAUUAAUGUCCUUGUGCAGAAUCCUUCAACAAAAUUAUGAUAUCAAGUCUUUGGAGGUCAACAUCAGUUAACUUCCCCUCACAUAACAGGCUGAGCUCUUCUCUUUGAAUAUAAGAAAGUUUAUAAAAUCGACCACAGCAGCUUUGAAUGUCUCUAAACUGAAACUUCUUCUUGUGUUAGAAAAUGUUCUCAAGGAAAGAGUUCUGUGCCUCUGGGUUUAAAAAGUGUUGUGAAAGGUGGUGUGUGUGUGUGUGUGUGUGUGUGUGUGUGUGUGUGUGUGUGUGUGUGUGUGUGUGUGUGAUGGAGCACAUUUACUCAAAUUUUAGAAUUUGGAAGUAAAAUUUGGUCGUGUACAGAUGAGAAAGAAACUGUUGCAAUCCUCCAAAGAAGAACUGAGUGUCAUGGACGGAUUGGGCUGCCUCGGUUUGCUCAGUAAUCUCAGCGUACACCAUGACCACCACCAGUGAGGCUGUUUCUUAUUCGUCUAACCUAUGCCAAGCAGUCAGCUGGACACACUGGUGUUAUUAUAGGGAGCGCACCCAAACCCGACCAAUCAAACAGAGCGAACAAACUUCACACGACAUGCUGAUGAAUAUAUGGAAACGCACCCAAACGGACGCGCUCUGGCCUUCCUGUUAGCGAGUGCAGACAACUACACACGGACAGUUUUAAUGAGUCCUAAUUGUAAAAGACAUCAUGAUUGACAGCUCUGUUGGCGAAUGAGUCUCCUGCAACAACCACCAACACAGGAGUCAUUAAACCUCCAUCAACCAUGAGUGCCCUCUCCAAAUCAAUACAGGAAUCUGACUGUACAGACUCGACGGACCUUCAGAGUUUUAUCACUUUUGAUUUGUGUCACAGAUGUGACAUCAGUCCCACGACCCCACUUCAAUAAUUCCCUGGUUUCAACUGUAGGGAAUGUCGGUGUCUGUGGAGGCGUUUUUUUAUUUGCGAGUUUCAAAGCUCACACGGCUCACGAAAAUGAAAUCAUGGGCGUGAAAAUGAUGACUGAGUUUCUCGAAAAAGCAGAACAUUCAGAUUUUUCACAUUUAUGAUAUAGCAUUUUGCAUCAGAGUUGGCAGGUCUUAUUUUGAUUUUUUUCUAUGGUGCAGAGGGGAUGUAGCUGCUCAUACAAAAUUUGUACUCUCGGGAAAAAGAAGGCUGUGCAUAGGAAACCACAAUAACCAGCCAUGCCACCAGACUUCAUUGUUUCCGAGCUCGACCUGAUUCACUUGCUUGAAUGACUGUUUUCAUAGUUAGCGUGUCAGCAUUUCACUCUCCUGCCCUCCUACAUGUCUGCUAAUGGACUCAGAUUGUUAGUGAAAGUGAAAUAAAUCCGCUGUGAGUCAUUUCUUUGUGCACAAGGUUGUAUCCUGCAGUGCACCUGUGGUCCUCACACUGAAAUCUAUCAAUGCUAUAUGUUCUUCUGAGUGCACACAUGGACAUUCAGCACAAAGCCAAGGAUCUUCUUGCUUGUCCUCGUCCUUUACAACCUUCACAGUUAAAGCACGACUUUUACUUUUUUAUUUCAGUGCAUUCUCCUUCGUUUUUCUUUCUGUGACUUUAUUUUAUUAGUGCUGCUCAAGGACUUUGUUCUUGCACUAAAAAGUUGCUUCUACAACUUACCCUGAAAUAAAAGAGCUUCUCAAGAGGGGCACUCAGUUACCUUCACAAACUAUUUGAGUCAUUUUUACAGCUGCAGUUUAUUUGUUUACAUGUAAACACAAACUAGCUGCUGUUGAGUUGGUUUUUCUAUUAUUUCUGGCUGGAAAAAGUUCAGCUGUGGACAUUCCUCAGCUUAUUUUAGCCCUCCAGGGUCCUUCAGGCCGAACUCUGCCAUGGAAAAUAAAGAGCGGCUUUCUCAGUUAGUGGAGUCACAUGCUCGAGGCAGGACUUUCCCCUCAGGUUAGAGCAUUUUACUGAGACAGAAGUUAAAGUGAAGAUAUGAUUGAAUAACUGUUGGUUCACAGACAAAUAAUCUGCCACGGUCUCCUGUUGCAAACAUGUGACUGAUUUUAAUGAGCUCUCGGCUGACACGAGGAUUUAUUUUCCAUUAAAAUUCAACUCAUGAUCCCUGCAGGGGAGUCCGAGGGGAAGUUAUAGGGAACAAGUUUGACAGUUUUUUCUGUUUUUGCAUUUUGAGAAUUAAAUUAAAGAGUCAAGGAAAUACAACAAACUUUACCUUUAUUUUAAUUUCCCCAAAGAGACAAUAAAGAUUCAAAGAAAACAAAACUUUCUUCAGUUUCAGUAAGGACAGAAAAAUACCAGGAACGGUAUUUUCACUUUCUCCUUUCCUGUCAUCUAAAAAUGAUAACUUUACAUUAGUUGUCCUAGCUGUGUUGACCUUAUGAACCGAGUACAGCCUGGCUUUUUCCUGCUCAAAACAAACAGUAUGUUGUAUAUAAACUUGUAUGUUUAUAUUGACUCUCAAAAUAGUCCGUUGUUUGAGUUCACAGGUUUCCCUGACGGUACAUAAUUCAUUGUGAAGCGCUUUUUCAAGUUUGUGUUUAAAGGAGCCUCUCAGAAUAAAUCAUUGAUUUCCCCUCUGACGUUUGAUGGUUUCAGAUACCCGUGAUGCUAAUGCUUUAUUGAUACAUGUGAUGAAUCAAUGAUAAAAACAGUGCUAUUAACAGCCGCAGAAGACCAGAAUAACCACUGCUCUCCUGCUUCAGGACUUUGGGGACACUGAGCUACUCUUUGUCAGCUUGGCACGUUUAAGAAGUUGAUGUUCGUAGGAGCUUAUUCAAGUUAUUCAAGUGAAACCAGCAUCUACCUCUGUGUUUAUUUCCAGAUUUUGUUUUUAAUCCUGCAUAAAACGUAGGAAACUUCAUGUGCAGGAUUGAAUCGGCUCUGGUUUUUCUGUACACCUGGGCCUGUCGUUGUGCUCAAUAUAGAGCCAAUCUUAAAGGGAUAUUCUGGCGUAAGAUUAAGUUAGGGUCAGACACACCAUAACACCAAGUUAGACACCCCGUCGAGAGCUGAAUGUUGCAGACUGCUUGCUUCUCUAGUUAUACCAUGUUCUUCCUUGAGCUGCGGUAAUGGACUGGCCUGAGGUCUCACCACAAACAAGCGACUGCUGGAAGAGAGUAGGUGAGUUGUGUUUAGUCUCUUUGCUAAAGAAAUUAGGCAAAGUUUUAAAGAUGUUUGGUGGCUAGUACUAUGGCUAGGACCCUAUAUUUACUGUUGAUGAAGUUAGGUGCUGUUCUGAGCAUUAUUUGUGGCGAUAGAGUGGCUUUUUGGUUGAGGUUUGUUUAUGGCUCCUCAGACCGCUGUGUAUUGCUAUCGUGCGGUCGUUACUAAAGUUGGUAUAACUAGAGAAGCAAGCGGUCGGCAACAUUCAUCUCUUUCUCCAGGGUGUCUAUCUCAGUGUUACGGUGUGAUUGACCCUUAAUCAAUUUUAAGCCGGAAUAUCCCUUCAAGGUUAAAAACCCUGAUCAUUAUUAUAUUAAUAAAAUUCACUUUAUUUAUAUAGCACCUUUAAAAACAGAUGUUUACAAAGUGCAUAGAUAAUAAAAUAAGAGAAGAGUAAUAAUGAAAAGGGAGGGAGAAUAUAAAAACGUGAGAAAGUGUUAAAAACAAGACUAAAUUACCACAAAGAAACUAUUGUGAACACGUGAAGGAUUGCUUUUCAUAAAAGUGGAUCUCAAAAUGCUCGCUGCACAUUUUUGUGUUUAGUCAUAGAUUACCAUGCAUGGUUUAAUUUAAUAAUGUGUUCUUGGAAUAUCUGAGAGUCUUUGGAGCCAAGGCACGAAACAGAUUUGAAAAAGCUGUUGGAAAUCGUCACUGUGUCUUUGUUUUAGUCCCAUCCUUGACAUAUUUUAUAAUUAAUGCUUGCCUUUUUUUCCCAUAUCUCCUGCAUAUUUUAUUCCUCCUGGUAAAUACCCUUCUCUAGUUUUGUUAUUCAUCAUGAUCUUCUGGUUUUAGUUUGCAAUAUUUGCACUUCUUUCAACCAUAACCCUUGUUAUUACUAUUUUGGUCGAUAUGAAAUCCAGAAAACACUCUUGUCUCAGGAAGGAUGAAGGUGUUUGGAGGUUUAGGGUGAAUUAGAAAAGCCAACACUCAUUAACCUGCAGUGAAAGUUUGUGUGUCACUUUAGGGACAAGUAACUUUUAACGGCUCUCAUGUUGCGCUAUUGUCGCCGGGCCUGCUGAGUCAGGGUGAGCCGAGGGUCCAGGAUAAAGCCCAGCAAGGCCUCAUUUUUAAUCAGCCCCCUUCUGCAAGAUCUAGGCUGGGAUUAUUCUGUGUGAUUGUUGUCUUAGUGCUUCAGGAUCGGCCGCCGCUGCUGCUGCUGUUUGCAUGCAGUCGCUCCCUCAUGAGAGCAGAUCGUAAAGCCCCCCUAAGCUCCCAUGUGACUUCAUUACUGCUCACAAUUCUCAGGAUCUCAUGCCGGCUGGUACAACGACAUGUUUCAUUGUUUUCUCAUGUUGGUUUUUCAUCCUGAACUGGGUUGACUUUGAGGCCGCCAUCAGAGGAGCAUCUUCUAAUCCUUGUCUGGAGUAAAAACAUGCAGCUGCAAGGACACUUUCAUGGUUUUGGGAGGAAAAACUCCGGUGACGUGAAGAGAAAAGAAGAGGUUAAAAAUCUCUCUUAGCUGUUAAUGGGGAUUUUCACCCUGUCAGAUCUGAUCUAAAUGGAGGGAUGAGAAGAAGAAAGGAAGAUUAGAAUAAGGUCAAAUGAAAAAUGAAAGGGAAAAAAAGAGAUGUAGGAAGAAAAUAAAGAAAAUAAAAAAAAGACAAGAACGCUGAAAAGAGGAAAUCAUGAGCUGAGUGGAGAAAAGUGGAGACUAGGGGGGAGAAAAGUAAUGACCAAUUUUUGAAGGAAAAAUUAAAAGGAAGUAGAAAAGUUUAAAAAGGGAACAGGGGGAGGAAAAAAAAGCGCCAAAAGCAAAGGAGUGAAGGAUACACAAAAGAAGGCAAAGGUAAAAAUGAAGGAGACGAUAACAGACAAAGAGGAAGAAGAAGGCAAAAUUAAAGGACAGAGAAAUCUGAAAAGGAUGGUUGUAGGAGGGUAAGGGAAGGGGGGAAAGGUGAGACCAAAAAAAAGCUAAUUUAGGAAAAGAAAGGGUCAAAACGAGGGAUGGAAAAUAUGAAAUGAGGAUGGAUAAAAAGAAGAUGGAGGACAUCAGUAAAGAGAUGAAAAAGAGGAUAAAAUGUACGUAAAGUUAGGAGAAAGGUGUGAUCUAUUUAAUGUGGAUUCCUUUUAGGUAAAAAUAUGGACCACAUUUAGGCUCUUGAGGUUCUCCAUCAGCUCCUUGGAGAGUUCCUGGAGUGUAAACGUUUUAUUUAAAGCUGUUUACUCUGACAGGUUGCUCUCUCUCUGCGAGGUGAGCUGUCCCUAAAUGAACCACCACAGAGCCACUCGCCUGUCGGUCCUGACGCAGGGCACACAUUUAGACCCUGUUCGCUUGGGUCGUUGUUCCUGGAUUUUCCUAGAAAAGUUCUGAAUGGAAAAGGUCAACAUGUCAGUUCUGUUCUCACUGAUUAAACUGGGCCACGAUGGGUCGAUUUAGGAGUCAGGAUUUGGGGCAAACAGGUCAAAACAUCUGAUUUGAGAUAAUCAUCUUUUUAAUAUCUCAUUUUUAUUCCUGUUUUUGGACAGCGUGCAUUAGAGGCUCUGUAUGUUAUUUAUGGAUAUUUAUUUGACUGUUGAGGAUGGCGCACAUUUACUACCUUUUUGUAAUCACUCUAGCAGAGCUGCAGAAAGUCAGUACUGUUUUUAUUCAUGAUACAACAUCAUGAUGUUGGUUUCUUUAAUGAGGCGGGCUGGUUUUCCAGACAGUUUCAAGUAGUUUAAAAAAAAAAAGAAAAAACACCCGUAAAACCACCUGCACGCUGACUUAGGGUGUGUGUAGGUGUGGUGUCUCCAUGACAGUUUGCCCUCACAUGCCACACGGUUGUCUAUGACUAAGUGCUCUGUGGACUAAGCUGAUUAGAGUAAAGAGCUUUCUGUAGAACCUCAGAAGGCCCUUCAAGAUGCUUCACUGUUCAAGAAUCAAUACAGGAAGUCGAAAGAAAUCGAACCUGGACUCAGUAACAUGCAAUUUAUUUUAUUUUAUCUGUACGCCCCUUCUUUUAAUGUAAAACUGUGGCAUUUUAUCGUUACCUUUUGCAUUCAUCAAACCAAACAACAUGAGCGCCAAACUGAAAUGUUAUGCUGCAUUCGGAAGUCAGACAUCGGAGCUGGGAAUGACGCUGCACUCGAGUUGACGGCGUUCCAGUGAACAAGUCAGAAAAGCAAGAUGGAAGCCUACAUUAGCUGUUGUCAGUUGUUAUUAGUUGUUGUUAGCUAUACCAGUUGUAAACACAGUAACGUAGUAUUUUACUCUUACAAACACCAUAGCACCAUGUUCACAGUUAGACGUUGGGCAAUACAACAUAUACCACUUAAUUAAUUUCACAAAAACAGAACAGGAGUGCUAAUGAAUAAUACAUUACGAGAGCUUUCACUGUUACUCUUUACUGUUGAUGCACUGCGUCGCCAUCUUGGAUUAUGACGUUGUCGUCAAGUUGGGGUUGGUGAGGAUCGUCCGACAGUAUUUAUUUUCUUACGGUUUUCUUUUUGUUUGUUUGUCUUGUUGAUGUUUGCUUUCAUUUAUUCAUUUGUUUGUUUUUUUCUUAAUCCUUAAUAAAACAUUGUCAUUGUCAUCAAGUCGGGGUUGGUGACAAUCAUCUGGCGGUAUUUAUUUAUGACAUCAGAAAACAUAAUAAACAGAACUCAACUCAACUCAACUCAACUUUAUUUGUUAAGCACUUUAAAACAACCACAGCUGAACAAAGUGCUGUACAUAACUGGACAAAACAACGACAUAAAAAACAAUCAAAAAACAAUUAAAACAAUGGAUAAAAUAAAAGCAGAAUUAAAAAGUAAAAUAUAGUUUCAAUGUUUUUACAAACUAAUUUAAAAACAUAGAAACAAAUAACUAAAAACAAACCAUAAAACACUAAAACAGGAGCCGAGUCUCAUGCAGGGUUAAAAGCCAAUAAAUAAAAAUGGGUUUUAAGACGAGUUUUAAAAAUGGACAGUGUGGGGGCUUGUCUAAUUUGGAGGGGUAGCUCGUUCCAUAAUUUGUGGGCUGCAACAGAAAAAGAUCUAUCCCCUCUGAGCUUCAGUUUGGACCUCGGUACUUCCAGGAGCAGCUGAUCAGCUGACCUGAGGCACCGAGCAGGGGUGUAGGGGUGGAGAAGCCUGUGAGAUUUAGAAAAGUUUAUUAUUGUUAAAGGAUUGUUUUAUUUUCCAUCAUUUGAAGACCAACUGAAAGAGAAUGGUUUCAUUCAAACUUUGGCUCCUCCAGGCCUCUGUACUUUCCAACACAUUUCCAUUCUGGGAGUCAGUAUUUAAUCUGGACUACACUGAGGUAUGAGUCGUCGGAUUGACUCUUUUGGGGAGUCUUUGUGGAGUCAGCAGUGUUAGGUGUUUCGUGAAUCAUUGUCAGCUGUUGGACUCUCAGAGCUGCAGAGCGAUCACUUCGCUGCUCUCAAAGAUAUAAACGUCCACUCCUCGUCUCUGGGUCACGGGCUCCAGCUGGUGGACUUAAGUUUCCUAAAGAGAUUAAAGCAAUGCGGUCCAUGAGAUGAUGUGCCAGGGGUCUCAGUCUUGACAUUGUGAAUUUAUUGUUGCGGGUUUGUGUGUCAACAGGUGGACAGAAGGCGGCAGGAUGCUGUGGCUGCUGCUCUGUCUGCUUCCUCUGGCGAGCUGCAGUCGAACCGCCAGACAGGACGCCGUCUACAAAGAGAAACACAGCCAAGGUGAGGAAGACAGAAAAUAAGCUUUUUUUGUUAUUUUAUUCUUCAGAAAAAUGCCACAUUCGCCAUCUGAUGUGUGGAAGCAUUUCACACAAGCUAAUGUUGAAGGGAAAAUAUUUACAUUUAUGUUUUGAUAUGAUACAGUUUGUUUAAAUUAACCCCAAUUUCCAGAUAAUUCCAAUAAAUUCCCAUGAAAAGUUUCCAAUUUGGAAUAUUUCCAAAAUUUUCCAGCUUGACUUCCCAUAGAAUGUUUCUGGACAUUUACCAGAAAUUUCAUCCCUCUUUGCAACCCUAGUCCUGUGUGAAUUCAUGUCAUAACAUUUUACCUCAGGCGAUGUAAACCUGCUCAAAGAAGAUCACCAAACGAAAAUAUACCUGUAUUUAAUUUUAUUCAGAGGAAACUCAAACACUCUUUGUACAAACGUGUUUAAUUCUUGUCUAAAUUAUGAUAACUUUUUGAUGGCUGAGGUGUUGAAAAUGUGGGGAUAUGAACUUUAAUAAACAGCAUGAUAAGCACAAACACUUUUAAUGAAUGAAACACGGGCGGCCUUGUUUUUGUGUCAGAGUUCAGAGUCACUGACCAGCAGGCUUUUUCUGCCUUCUUCCUGUGGAGUUUGUUGUCUCGUGGAGGAAACAGCCGGUUAAUUAGCAGCUUGUUAGCUGAUUAAAUCUGACUUGAUCCUCUCUGCUCAGUGUGUCUGUGUGUCUGUGUGUGUGUAUAUUUGUGAGUUUGGCUUCAAAUCAAGACAUCCCUCUGCGUGUUAACAAGGCUCUCAUGUUGCCUUAAAUCUAAACCGCCUCACCGGCUUCACAUGUGUCUGCUGCUGAACAGGCACUGAUCCCCACCAUCAUGCUCGGCUGAAUGUUGACCAGGUCUGGCCUCAGUGACACACUGACAGUCACAGUCACUCAUUGAUUCACGCGGCUGUGACUGAGUUACCUUUUAACAGAGGAGCAAGUCAAACUCCAAGAUUGAGAAGAUUCUGAUUUAAUUUCUUGAGAUAUUUUAAAUGCUUCACAUCCCCAAAAUCAAAACAGCCCGAGGUAUCAUAACACGAUUGCCUCCAGGUGUGUUUUUCAUAAGAACCUCAAAAGUACCUGUUCAGUUUGGUGACUUUCCAGUUAAUCUGUUGCUUUGACCUUUUUCUCUGACUAUUUUCAGAGUGUUUCAGCUGUGAACCGGAGCUCCGUCUGACCGCAUCGGGCUCAGACGGCUGCCAGCUGUGUCUGCUGUUUUUAUUUCCGCUCAGCUGGACGUGUUGGAGUCUCGUCGAUAACUUCCCCACUGAGCUAACAACACUGAUGACUUUUAUUACCUUUUGAAUUUCUGCCAGAGUCGAGCUGCACCUCAUAAACCCUGGAGUCGCUGCGUUGGGGAUGUUGAGAUCUGAUAUUUUUAUUGAAAAGAUUGAUAUUAUAUUAGAUUACAUGUGAUUUGAACUGAAAAGAUCUGACCAGCCCAUACUCUAAAAAACAAAAUAAUCACCAGCACCAACUCCAGAGCGAUCCAUUCACACGUAGCGUCAAGAAAGCAUGAAUUGUAAAUGUAUAUAUUGUCAGCCUGUCAAGACGACUGUCGCAAUCUUAAUCAUGUCUGUUGUUGCUAUGGAAACACACAAUCAGGGGGGUGAUUUCCCAGCUGCGGCUCACGUUGUUAAUCGGUCACGCUGUGCUAACUUUCCAAAACAUUCGUGGAAAGAGUUUAAUUUCUACCAAGAGUGCCAGUACUUUGUAGAAAACAGAGGUUAUUUCACUUUUACUCGAUGAAUGUUAAAUCUGAGCUGAAACUCCACAACUCUACUUUUCAAAGUUUGUGUAUUUGACAGGAGAGGGAGCCUCAGAGAGAGAAGGUCUUCUGAAGCAGCAGCAGUCAUAUGACUUCAUGUUUUUUUCAGCUCUUUGUGUCUCUCAUUAACUUUUAAUCCCUGCUAACAGAAGCAAAGUGAAGCUCGAGCCCCUUGCAGUCUUUGAUUUUCUGAUCUUUUUGCAUCCAUUUGUUUUGCGCCUCUUGUGUUUUGUCAACUAAUUUGUUUUAAAUAUCCCUCUGUUCACACAAAAGUCUACAUGGGCCCCUGGUGUACUGAGCUCCAAAGUUAAUUCCCAGUUCCUGCAGAAAAGUGUUCACUCAGGUCUGAUUGGCGGCAGGUAUGAGUUUGUGAGCUUUAUGCCGGCCCAGCGUGUUGCGUUCCUUUCUUUCUUUCUUUCUGAGAAGUGGAGGUUGUUGAUUAGAAGGAUCCUGCAGCGUGGCUCCCUGAGCUCCUUACAGCCGGCACAACAGGCCUUUGUUUCCUGCUGCCCUCAGACUGCAGCUUCAUGCAUUCUCUCAUGGAUUACUGCUCCCCUCCCACUGCUGUGAUCUGUGAGGGCACAUGAUGUCUCGCUGCUUUCAUGUGCGCCCCGGGGGUUUCUCUUACAUGAUGACCAUGAUAUAAAGCCUCAUAAGUCUGUCCUUAUUUUACCCAGAAAACUCUACAGAUGGCAGAUAUACAAUAUGUUUCCAAAGGCCAGUCUACACUGAGCUUUUCGGCCCUCGUAUUGGUGCCUCUUCUCUGAGAAAGCUUUCCAGAAAAGUUGGCAUGUGUUUGUGAAAAUGUGUGCCAGUCCAAACAAAACAAGUGUUUGUUGUGUUGUGGCUGCUGUGAACAAGAAGACCUGAUUUCAACAUCACCCCUGAUGUUUAGGGGGAAAUCGCUUUGCUGGAGGUUUGUUGUGAUUCCCAGGUUUGGAGUUCAUGAACAUGACUUUUAAAACGUGACUCCACCCCAUCCGGUCCGUAACAAAAAGCGAAAGACAGGUGAGGAGAUGGAGGACGUGUCAAAAGUUGUAGUGGCUGCUGAAGUAGAUGACGUUAAUGUGGGAGAGGGUGAGCAGCUUGUGGAGUAGUUAUCAACCAUUUAUCGUUAUCGAGGUGAACUGACCAAUAUAACGUGAUAUUGAUUUAAGGCCAUGUCAUCCAGCCCUAAUCUGAGCUUUUAAUGGGAAAGUAUAGCAGCACUUAUACUGUACUUCACUUUCAGAAAUCUGAGCCUCAUGUCUUGAAAAAUGCUUUUGUUAUUUGAUGACUGGAAAUGUUUUUUAUGUGGAUUUCUUUGUGUUCUGUCAGAGAAAAAUAACGUAUUCUGAUUCUGAUUACCAGAUUUGGAUCUUGGCACACCUGUGGGCGGAUAAUGGAGUCAUGGAGAGUCAAAAUUGUGGCCUGAGUUUCUGUAAAUCAUCUAAAUACAGUUAUCCUCAGGCCGGCCUUUGUUGGUCUUUGUCUGGCUUUGAUCGCAGAAUGAGGUUCCCUUCUGGGUCCUCUGAAGGGUCUUUCUGGUGUCCAUAGCACCUGUGAUAUCACGUUAAAUACACAAAUACGCCUUUGAAGCUCAAAAUCCUCCAAUCAUAUAAGUGUUUGUCAUUGUUGGGCAAGAAUUUUACUCAUUUGUCAAAUAAUAUUUGGGAAUUGUGCGGCAAAUUAUCAAGAAAUAACUAAAAAAUCUGUGAAAAAAAUAUAAAUAUAUCACAGGAAGUUGGUUGACUUUGAUAGACAGGUGUUUAAACAGACUCUGAAGUGGCUCUCUGUCAUUGGUGUCAGAUUCACUAUUGGCCAAUUUUCACCAAUCUUGUUUUAUGUUCAUUUUAUUGUUUUGUGUUCAUGAAAGUUCAAAGUUCGCUUCCUCUGCUCUGCCUCUGUGUCGGUGUGACUUCCAGCUGUUUUCAGACUCCCAUCAAUUUUACUCUGAACUGUGGGACCAACAGGCGAUCAGCCAGACGGAUGGAUAACUCAGAGUGUGUGUGUGUGUGUGUGUGUGUGUGUGUGUGUGUGUGUGUGUGCGUGCGUGCGUCUGUGUCUGUGUGUGUUCCCGGCAAAUUCAAAUGAAAUUAGGAAAUGGAUUUUGCAGAAUUGAGUGAAAGUAGAGAUGACAGUUGGAUAAUUGAUUUCUUUCCCCCUUCUUGUGUGUGUAUGUGUGUGUGCAUAUGUUAAUGUGUAUUAGUGUGUGUGUGUGUGUGUGUGUGUGUGUGUGUGUGAUAUCCUGCCUGACUGGUCAUGUCGCUUCGUUUCCAUUUUCUAGAGUGAACUCUCUUUUUGAGGGGAAGGGUUCGAUUUUCCUUCCAACACAUUCCUAGUGAUCAUCUUCAGUUUUUUUUUUUUUUUUAUCCUUUUUUUCUUCUUGGAACUUAUUUUCAUGCCCAGAUGAUCACUGAGGGUGUCACAGACUUCAGAGUCUGUAAUAACCCUGAUUUGUGGACCUGGGCUUUCAACAGUUUUUUUGCAGCUCCUUGUGGUCAUCUUAUGAUUUUCUUUCUGUAGUUUUUAUCUCUUUAAUCCUCGUUUGGCUCAUUUUGCAUCUUUUUCUGCAUUUUUCAUCUCUUUGUGAUAUUGUUACGCCCCUUAGCUGCUGUUGUGCAUCUCCUUCGUUGGGGUCAUUAUAAACCUGAACAUGUUAUUGAUGCAUAUUGCAGAACUUUAAGCCUUUUUAAGUCUCAUUUUGCAUCCACCAGCUGCUGUUGUGCAUCCUCAGGUAGUUUUCUGGACUCAUUAAUGGUCAUUUUUUUAUAUAUACAAUUUGUUUUAAUCAAAAUGCUCCUUUAUGGUAGUUUGGCUAACUUCUGUUGCAUUUUGCUUCAGUUUGUGGUUGAUUUGAAUACCGCUGCAGUUCGUUUGUACAUACAAUAUGAUCUUCUUUGUUGCUUUUAAAGAGUUUGCCACCCUGUGUGAUCAUUUCACAUCUUUCAGAGACAUUUUGGGUUUCAUUGCCACCAUGUUUCAUUUUUUUCCGGCCCUGGAUUCCAUCUAAUUUUUCUACAACGCAUUUGAAAUUAAGAUUAUAAGUCAGGCUACAUGUUCAACCCCCAAAAAACAAACAGUAUCAGAAACCUGAAACUAUUUUUCCACACAAAGUAACUUGCAUCAAGCAGAGUGUGUUUAAGUGUGUGUUUGUGUUUGUGUUACUGUGUGUCUAAGAGAGUAGGUCAGCAGCCAGGAAGCGUGAGUGAUGAACAAAGUAAACACCUCACCUGCGGGUGUGUCUGAUCCUCCACCAUUUACACACACUGACUGACUGACUGAACCUUUGGCUGUUGUUUUUCCCUUUCUUGUCAAACAGAUGAUGUUGCCGUGACGACGAGGCCUCACAUCUAUUACUGCCGCUCGCCCAACAUGGAGGACUUUAGCUGCUGGUGGCAUCCACUCGACAACCUGACAGAUGGAGAGCAGGUCACAUACGUCCUCAGCUACUCCAAAGAGUGAGCGCAGCACACACACACACACACAGAAACACACACACACACGUAAUGACAUACAGUUUUGUUUUUUUCCAUCUAUAACCUCAGAUUUCAGCCACUGAACAGUUUGGGGGUCAUUAUUGGAUAGUUUUUGGUAAUAAAUGGUGAUUUUGCAGCCACCUGAGCCUGCUUUAUUGCAAAAGACGGACAAAAUCUCUUUUGGGUAAUUCCAAAAACCUUCUCACCAACUGAAAUCCUGAAAUACGCUAAAGAAAGCUUGGGUUUAAAAUGACCGGAGUAACCCUUUCAACAGAAACAGGACAAUAAAUACAAGAGAAAUCGGUUGUCUAAAUCUGAUUGAGGCUAUAGUUUCAUUUGAUCUAAAGGGCUCAAGCGGAGAAAAACGGCCUCAGAUCAAAAGUUGACGGAGGUUUCUGGGUCGUGUGAGUGCAAAUCCAGUUUGAUUUGUCUCGCUUCACUUCAACGUGAAGCUUUUAGCACGUCGAUGUUUCAGAUGGCGGUUUUGAGACCCUGAAUGCGGCCUCACGUGUCCACAAAUGAGUGCCAGCCUGCCCACAUGGCACAUGCAGCAGCAGAGAAACUGCUCCCAGUAAUCAGGGCAAAUUGGAUUGUGACUUUGACCCGACACAACAGCGCUCACGGCUACAUCAACUGUUGCUCCUACAGGAAUUUUGUUUCAGUUGUAAAUCUAGGAUUAUGUGGGAGAAAAGCCAAAAACAACACCAGAAAAUGAACGACUUGAAAAGUGAGAAAGGAUCUCAACGUUUCUUAGAAUUUGUGAUUCGACUGAUUUGAUAUGAAAACAGUGAGGGAUUUUCCCAGUAUUUGGACUCUACAAAGAGCUCUGAGUCUAUUCUUAGAGAAGGAAUAACUGCAGAAAAACUGAAGGAACAAAUUAAGUCAAAUCUCAGUAUUUCUAUUUAGCACAAAAACAACCCCUAGACAGGCAGUUUCUUUCUUAAUAUUCUGCUUUUUUUUCACAAAUGCUGAAUUAAGUCAACACAAGCUGAUGCAGAGAGAGCCUGCAGCUGUCCUCGGGGCGCUGACCCAUUUUAAAGAUAAAGCUUCAGUUUUAUUUCACUAAAUAAAAACUGAAAAACAAAAGCACAUUCGGGCUUAAAACAUAACAAAAUCAAAGCACUGCAGCAUUAACAAAAACACUGGAAAACAUAAAUGCUGACAAAUGCUGUUCACACAAUAAACUUUGGCUGGCUUGAAAUAGUUGUUGCUUCGCUGAUAAUAAGAGAAAAAAAUUAACAGCAGCUGCAGUUUCAGGGUCACGUGUUCUUCAGUCGUUGAAGUUAUUUCAGAUGAAAAAUCUUCUUUAUUCUUCUCUUGGGAAAUAAGAAAAUAAUCAAUCCAUAAAUUUACAUAACAGUGUUUUAUUUAAGGAUUUUAGUGGUACACAUUUUCUCACCAAUCAUGGGACAAAACGCUGCCUGAUGUGAGUGGAACUAUUAAAGUGGUUUUGAAUGAAAAGAGAGAAGUAUUUUGGUUAAAAAUGUACAUUUCAGAGAUAAAGGUCCCCUAUUAUUGUAUUUUUCAUCAAACUUAAAUCGGUCCCAGAGAUCCCACAGUAGUAAAUUUAAAGUUUGUCGUCUUAAACACCAGUUUAUUUGUGGAUAUCAGCCAGCCCUUAUCCCCCUCUUUUUGAGCUCCAUUGAGAAUGGGCUGAUUCUGCGCCUGUACCUUUAAACGAUAAUGAGCUGUGCGUGACCACGCUCUUCCUCCCCAAGGCCACUCUGAGCUGCCGGCACCGCCACAGUAGUCCAGGAGCGGUGGUCUGGAGAUCCUCUGAGGACCUCUUCAGAGGACCUCCAGACCAACAUGACUGAAAGCAAGUCCGGAGACGUAUACCAGCGAUUGCAGCCAAAGCACUAGUCAUAUGAGCUAAAGCAACAUAACAUGGUAAAACUUAAAGCUUCCACAUUUGAAGUUGGGUCCCUGACACGGACAGUCAGUACGGAUCCAGGUUUUAUCUUCAGCUUCUUUGCGAAUCCUGCUUUGCACUACCCCUCGUUGGUAAAACAGUCCGUGAUGAAUUGUUAACACACACAUACAACAUUUUUGGAGUUGUUGUUGUGGGUACAUUUCCAUCAAAAAUAAGAUUAAUCCAUUGGAUCCUCGAAUCUUCCUACGAAGAAGGCAGAAAUAGACAGAAAUAGAAGGAGGGGGCUUAUGCGGUCUUGUCGUUUUUCCAUUCGCCCUUUUGCACUCAUGUUUUCAGAAAGGAGAAGAAAGCAAAAGAAGGAGAGAAUGAAAUUUUUAAAAAUUUUUACCAUCCAAAAGUGGAUUUUUCAUACUAGGGGACCUUCAAGUUGUUUGUGUUUGCAGAGUCACCUGCACCAAUCUCUUUAAAACCUGCACACCACAAACAGUUUCAUAUCAAAAGGGGAUCUCCUUAACCCCCUUUUUUUAACAUAAUGAAUGUCCUUCACAUUAAAAGCACUAAACACACCAGAGAGAUGGUGUUUCAGUCACAGUUCAUUAUCAGGUAUCAAACUAAGAGAGAAAAGACUUCAAAUAGUUUCCUCUAGUGACUGAAAUUUUCUUUGAUUCUUACAGUAAAGGUCCCAAACAUGAGUGUCCUGACUAUGUGACCUCCGGCCCGAACAGCUGCCACUUUGACAGCAGCCACACUUCUAUAUGGAAGAUCUACUGCAUGAAUGUGACCGCCAUCACCGCCCACAGGAACUACACCUCUCAAGAGCACUGCCUGGAUGUGGCAGAGAUCGGUGAGGACGGGUAGAAAUCUUUAAAACUGCUGCCAAGAUAUUCAGGGGCUUGUUAAAUGUUGAUGAAAAGGUAUUUAAGUUUGUUUUUUUAGUCGUUGGUAUCUAUGAUUUAGACGACUGAGGUCUCGUUCUCUGAAUCCCUUUUGGUUACAAAUUUUACAGGAUGUCUUAAAACUGCAGUCAUUUCAAAAGAAUUUGGUUCAAAAGAAAAAAGUAUGACAAAAAAGCAAAAUUCCUCUGCUGCCUCAAGAUUCCUUUUUGUUUUGUCAUAAAUUAUUUGAUUUGAUUUUUUUACACUUGGCUGCAGUAUGACUAAAAGAAUAUAGGAAACGUACUUAGAAGAGUAAAAAGAAAAAUCGAAGAAAAGGUUGAAUCAAACCUUAAAUAUAAAAAAUAUAAAAUCACUCUUUUAAGACCUUCUCUGGUUAAGUGCAUCAUGCUUUAGAGGUCUGAGUGACAGCAGGUAGUGUCCCUGAACACAUCCAGCAGAGGUGAAAUAAAGGGUAACCGUGAGGACACCCCAGGGCCUCUCUAGUUUCAGACCUGCUGCUCCUUCUGAGGGUCCAGGUGAAGAGGAUUUGAUGGUUUUUUUGAGCUCCAACAGUGGUGAAAAGAAAAUCAGAUAUUAUUCAGUCAUCUACUAUUUACACAAUGUUUUUGCACAAUUUAGUACAAGGUUAAGUGCCUCUUUUUCUGACUUGAUACUUCUGCUCCCUACAUUUGAAUUUCGAAAUCACAAACCAAACAUACCACAAGUCAGAAACCGCCAGGAGAACUGGCUCACAGGCUAGGCUACAGUUUACUAAAACGGUAAAAAUCUGACAUCUAAUUUAUCAGACUUUGAGGGAAUUCGACUGCUGACCAUUUGUAAGAGAGCUUGACACUAAAUUUUUUCACAAGGAACACGUGCUCCUAAGUUGAAAAAGUAAGGAGCACACAAACACACUUUAGGGGCACAAAGGGACAGAAUUAGGGCUAUCGCAGCACUCAUGGCUGGACCAAAACGGCUCUCAUUCAUCUAAAAUUUGGACCACCCAGUCCAUUAACAGGCCCCCCUUACCAGCAUUCUCCCGCAUUUCCACUUUAAACUAUUCUUUACCCUUCUACUCAGUGUGUAGGGCUCUCUUGUUACUGAUUACCUGUAUAAAAAAUUCUUUUUAAUUUUAUUAUCUAUUUUCCUUAACCUAAUUGUAAAUCUGUAAUAAUCUGUGAAUGUUGGCAUGGGUUCUAGCUCUGUCUGGAGUGGUGUGGAUUCAGCACAGCUGCAUUUAGAUUUAUCAGUAUUAAACUAACAGAGUAGGAAUGUUACACCCUAGAUCUCAAUUAGCACUCCGGUUCUCUCAAUUAAUUUCUGCUUCCCUCCUCAGCUGCUCGCUUUAGAGGAUAUUUUACUCGAUAUGCCAGUCUCACAUCAGCCUCAGGUCCAGUUAUACUGGACUCAAGGACACACCAUAAUGUUUUCGUCCAAUCUUAUCCUCAGUACAUCUUACUAUGUGAUGGGUCAAAAAUAUCUUUCAAUAACACCUGGACAUUUGGGAUUUAAACCUUAGUAUAUAUUUUAUUAUAGCAAUAUGACCUAGCUAAUAUACCUUUGCGUAUUUAGUCACGAUAUUUAAUUAAAAUUAUAAACCAUAACUGUCUACGUACACACCUUGCGGUGAGCACCAAAUUUGAAUGUUACUUCUACAUAGGGCUCUUUGGUCUAUAAGGUCAACAGGGUUAAAAUUAAAACUAACAAUUAACUUUUUUCCAUCAUCCACAAAAAUCACACUGUAGUAAGCCACCACUUUCACAUUGUCUGGGCUGGGGCCCCCCACCACAGCUCCAGCCAGAGGCAUCCCUGGUCUGGGCAGUUGUCAAAAAUGUCCGGUAUGAUCACAUCCCCAGCAGGCUUUUAGAUGUCACACGUCCGUCAGAAUUCCACUCUCUCCCCCUUCCGGGAUAUAUCAUCUCUACAGAGCAGGGUUCUGUCUGAGGAUAAACAUUCACAACAGGUGAUUAAACAGGUUACUGUAGCAGGUUUUACUGCAGUUAGCAGGUUUUACUGCAGUUAGCAUCUGCAACAGGCUCUUUUUAACAGAAAUCAGGAGUGUAACUUCAUCAAGAAGACACACGACACGAUAAUAAAUUCCCCUCGUGUUGACAGUGAAAUGAGUAGAAGACAAACACACAACACUGGGCUCAUGUCUCUGCAACUGUGACUCCAACACACAAACACAUUUCAUUACACAACCAGCUCUUUGUACUCCAUUUUAUUAUACAUGUCCCCAUUUCAUCCCAAAACUGUCCAAAUCUGCCUUCUACAGGUUUCUCAUUUUUCUUCACUAACCUCAAAGUAAUUGAAAUCUGGUAUUCUAGCAGCAUUUUCCCCUUUUUUCAUUCUAAAAAAAAGGAGGAUUUAGAGUAACUCCUGCAAUAAGUGUCUUUUUUAAACUAUUUUAGAGAUUAAUUCAAUGAUGUGAAAGCAUUUAAAUCCCAUUUUUAUCUUGAAGGAACCUCUUCUCACAGAUAAUCGCAUUGCUCUGGAACAAAGUGUCUCUCAUCGACUAGAUUCUGCAGAUUUAGGAUCAGUCUAGUUUCUGGGAUGUAGCAGAAUAAAGGGCGGUGGUGUGUUUGUGUGUGUGUGCAGCAGCCUCGUGUUUAAGCCCAUGUGACCGCUGUGGUGAUCUUUUGUUGGUCUUCAGAUGUCAGGGACGUCACUCUUGUCACAAACCCAGCCUGCAGAUAAAACAGCAUGCAGUCACACACACACACACACACACACACACACACACACACACAUGCUCAGACACACACACAAGUACAGACUGCUGCUGAAACUGAAAGGUCAAAACUCAGUGUCAGAGACCAUUUAUGCUUUUAAUGUCAGGGAUGUUAAGCCUGAAGGAACACAGCUUUCAGAUGUUUUUUCUUUGACAAAGUAAUGACUGUUUUUUUUUUUCUUUCUUUGCCGAUCGGUUUUGAAACCGGUGACAUAUUGAAAUGUGUAAAAGUAUAACCUCUGAAGGUGAGUCAUUUGGUCAAAUUAAAGGAUGUCCAGGUUUAAGUCACAUUAAAAAGAUAAAAGCUGCAAAUCCAACCUCAUAAUGAUUCAGUUAACUGCCUCUGCCAUAAAUCCUGAAUUAUUUUCAUUGGAUUUAAUUUAUUUAACCUCAUAUCAUGUCUUAUCUAUUUGCUCUAUCUCUGUAAAAUGAAAGUUUUAACAGUAAGGAAGGAAUAUACGGUGGAUUAUAUGUUGAAACUUGUACUAAAUUAAAGCAAAUCCAGAGUAAGAUACCGAUUUAAACUAUCAUUCAGCUUUUAAACUUAUAAAAGCUGAAUGAUUGAGGUUUCCCUGCUGCAUGAAUAAUAAAGAAUUUGAUUUCAUUGACCAGGGAGCCGCUUUGUUUUACUGAUGUUCAUUAUCCACAUGUAUGAAUUAAUGAAGGAAUAAGAUAACUACACAUAUAUAUUCAUAAACCGUCUCUGUGUUCCAGCUAAGAUGGUCCACUGUGAGCAUUUGACCGGGAGAAACCUUACAGGAGGACUUUUUAAUCAUGAAACACUCUUUUCUUUUUCUAUUAUUUUGUCCUCAGGCUCUUUGUUGACAUUUCACAACGUUUCUGAAUCAUCUGUGUCGUUACAGUUCAGACAGAAGCUCCUGUGAACCUGAGCUUCGCGCUGAAGGACGCCGGCGGGGAUGAGAUGGGACACAAUGCCCAGCUGUCCUGGGCGUACCCGGUGCCCUCUGACCUGAAGUACGGCUGGAUUACGCUGGUGUACGAGCUGCAGUACAGACGCGUGACUGAGCCCGACAACUGGAAGGUAGAAACACACAAAACAUCAUCAGUAUUCAUUCACAAUAACGCUUUACUGCGUUAAAGGUGGGGUAGGCAGGAUCUGGGGAAAUUUCAAAUGUAAACUCUACCCUCCUGACUAGUUUUCCCCUCAGCUCCUCCUCUCCCCUCCAGCAAGCCCCGCCCACAAACAGAUGCUCCUGCUCGCUCGUAUCAUUUCAAUUAAAUUCAGAUAUAAUGCAGAUAAAUACUUCAGAUAAUUACAAAUGGGGCCCGGUCAAUGUGAGAGUAAACAGCAUUGGUGCUACUGUAGAUGCCAACUACCAGACUACCAGCAAACACAAUGUUUGCAGGACUUCUACAACUAGGAUAAAGUGACAUAGUCCAGGACCCGAGGGAGGACAGUUUAGCGGCGCUACAACACUCUACAGCAUGUCCCGUUUGACUUCUGUUACAGACACUUGGCUUACUUUGUUAAAGCGGUUUACCUGUCCAGCAGAAAGGUUACAGGGUCACGAAGAUCCCAAAGUGUCCCCCAUUAUUGCUGACUCGGCUUUUUUUAAGCUCUUGUCUGGUCUGCCUCCGUUUCAAGCGCCUGUUAUUGCGCCAGAGUCUCCGGUAUUUACUUCGUUUUCUUGCUUGUGUUGGCAGUCGUGGCCAAAGGAGGAUUCAGACAAUUUUCCGUACUUUCUGGUUGGUUUCUACUGUCUGAUAUUGUAGCACUCUAACUUUGUUUGGGCUCGUGAAUGACACGUGGGGAACAACGUCUGCCUCACAACCGAUUAGGUUGGAGGAGUCGGAAAAAGGCUUUGUUUACAGUCAGAAAGAGCGCCGCUCAAAAAAUUUAAAAUGUUGACUACACAGACAUAAAAGAACACAGCGAUAUUGUUAUAUUCCCAAAUGUCAUCAAUAUGAAAUAGCUGUUGACUGAUAUUAAAAGCUUUUUUGUAUAAACACCACAAAAAAGAUGCAACACAAAUCCUGCCUACCCCACCUUUAAAGAACAGACACGAAUGCAUCAGCUUACGUAGUUCAAACAUGAAAAUCAUAAUAAUAAGAUGUUUGGUUGUUUGUGGAUGUGCAGGUGAAGCACCCUCUAAGGGAGCCCCACGUGGAGCUGCUCGGCCUCCCUGUUGGAGACUACGUGAUUCGAGUCCGCUGCCGAUCACACAACUACGGCCUGUGGAGCAAAUGGAGCUCCACUCUGAUGAUGAGCAUCCCCGCCAGGCCGCCUGCAGGUACGUCACAGGUUUUUAUUUCUGAGUAUGUUUUUUUAAACAUGGGGGUAUUACUCUGAGCAUUUCAAAUCACUUAUAACCCCAAAAAACAACCCUGUGCCGAUGAAGACCAAUUAAACUUCAGCACAUCUAGAUUCUUUUGUUUUCUGAUAAAAUCUCUGUUCGCUGCCCGAGCAGGUAAACUCCUGGUGAGGAUUCUGGUGUCAGGAGUUGGUAUCGUGGCUCUGCUGGUGAUCGCUUUUGGUAUCAUCCCGCAGAGCAAAAGGUGAAAACACAGACACACACACACACACACACACAAUCAUCUUAUUUAUGUACUUUUAUACACAGUUUGUUUUGAGUUUUGAAAAUUUGUUGGUAAAGUGAGUUGAAGAAAAACAGACUAAGAAGAAAGUAGAACUAACAGACUGAAAGGGUUAAAAAAUGUUGUGUAUUCAGUUUAUUGACUCAGUGGGUGGAUGCAUAUAUAUAUUUUGGCUGUGGGUGUGUGUAUGUUCUGCCCUUUUCACACUUCCUCUCUUUAUGUCUUCACCUUCAGAAUAAAAGACUAUUUCCUGCCACCCAUUCCAAAGCCGAGGAUCGUCGGCAUCGACCCGCUGCUGCUGAAGGUAAGGCCGUUAUACAUUCACACACACACACUCAGUUAUUUCAGGGAAACUUUGUGACUUUUUGUUCUGACCUUUCUUUAUUUUUCUUUUCCUCUACCUUUUGUCUCUUCGUCUCUCUUUGUUUGUCCUCCCUUCUCGAUACUGUUUCCAUCACUCCUUCUAAUCCUCGCCAUCGCCGUCUCUUCUUGUAUUUUGUGCCUUUCCUAUUCUGCCAUUUUUGUGUUUAAAUUGUCUUUCUGUUCCUUACCUGUUCACCCUCUCUGCUUUUUUCUUUUCUGUCAUCUUCCAUCUUUCUUUAUAAUUUUCUUGCACAUUAAUUCAUCCUUCUCCUAUCCCUGAUAAAAUCCUUGUUUUUCCGUCUCUCUUUGCUGCCCUUUCUUUUUUUUCCCUCUCUCUCUGCCUUUCCUUCCUUCUUUCCUACACGUGACCUCAGAAAGGGAACUUGGAUGAAAUCAACCGUCACUUCAGUAACUUCCACAGCUACAGACCUCCAAGCUACACAGAGGAGAUUUGGGACCAGGUCAGUGCAGACGACGUCUAUCUCACCACGCCGAGGGAUCGCUACAUCCCCGCUGCUCCCACAGACAGGGAGAAGGACGCCCUGAUGGUCCCGAGUGACUUGACACCUGUGGCUGCCCAUCAUUCAUUCACAACUCCCAACCCAACAGCCUACGUCCAGAGCGUGUCACCUUACUGCUCCUCACCUCCAGAGGCCUUCGCCCCUGCGAUCGAUGUCCCCUCUCCAUGGCCCCGGCCUGAGAUCGUGUCUCUGCCUGGGACAGAGUACAGUGUGAUGGGUCACCCUGGCCUCCCUAAUGCUUUCCCAACUCCGGACACCACCGCAGUCUCCACCACCCGCUCGCCGCAGGAUUUCUACACCUGUGUCCAGCUCAUGAACGACAGUGGUCAGGUACACCUGGUGCCCUGUCUGCCACCAGCAUACUGCCAAGAGUUCCCUUCCUUCCCGAGGGUCGACUCAGACGCAGAGGAGAAGAAGAAGAAGCUUGCUGACUACCAGGCCAGGUUGAAUAUGGUGAACCGACAGAGAGAUGGGGUUGAGACUGAGAGGAGCGAGGUGGCAGACCCUCUGCUGCCUGUUACUGUGGAUAACAGGGGCUGA